GGGACUUUUAUUUUGAAAUAGUGCGGCUGAAAGCGGAAAUAACAUGUAUUUGUAUUGUGCUUCCUCUCUCAUUGCCCCGUGGCGUCUAUAACCAACGGGUAACAACAACCGUAUGCGAUCCCAACUACCAAGAUGACGCCUCCCUCGUGAACAAAAAAAAAAAGAGAAAUUGGGCAAGCAGGAUGACAGUUUGUCAUUUAAAUACUCGCAUUCCUGAUGAAUCUGAUCAAACUGAAAUGCUGUAAGAGGACUCUAACCAGAAGAGACAUGUGACACUAUUACCGUCUCACUUUCCACUUCACGUAGGAAUGGAUUGAUGUGAGAGAGCUCAUCCCUCCUUAAAGUUUGAUCUUGACAGGUUGGGAAUGCAAAAGUGUGGCUGUUAAUAGCACCCCUGCCUCUCAGAAAUGCCCAGAAGAGGGCUUCCUCUGCAGGGGCGGGCACGCUGGCUACUCCUGGGUAUAUUCUUGCUCUUAAUAUUGCUGCUUUUCGCUUACCUGUUGGAGUGUACCCCACCUGCGGAUGUGAGCCAGGUACUACCUGGUCUGGGAGGGGAACCUUAUGGAAAGGAUCAUUAUCAAGCUCUUCUGCAGGAGCAGGAGGAGCGUCACCUUAGCCGAGCAGCCAGCCUCAAAAGACAGAUUGCACAGCUCAAACAGGAGCUUCAGGAGAUGAGCGACAAGCUGAGGGCCCUACAAGAAAAGAAGGAGGGCCCGGGGCAGCAGAACCUCAUUGAUGGCCGAGAUCAUGAACCCGGUGACCUCUUGGAGUUCCUGCACUCGCAAAUCGACAAGGCGGAGGUGAACACGGGAGCCAGGCUGCCGAGUGAGUACGCGCUCGUACCCUUCGAGAGCUUUACUGCUGCAAAGGUCUACCAACUUGAGAUGGGCCUGACACGCCAUCCAGAGGAGAAGCCUGUGCGUAAGGACCGCAGGGACGAGCUGGUGGAGGUGAUCGAGGCGGGUUUGGAUAUUAUCAAUAACCCGGAGGAAGAUGACGGACAGGAGGAAAACAUACCUAUGCAUAGACAGAUGUUCACCGAAAGCCAUUUUUUUGAAGGACUCUACAGAACAGAGAGGGACAAAGGCACACUGUAUGAGCUCUACUUUGCAAAAGAGAGUUCUCACGAGUACCGUCACGUCACCCUUUUCCGCCCGUUCGGGCCCCUGAUGAAAGUGAGGAGCACAGCAGUAGAUACUGCCAACGCUGUCAUUAACAUCAUAGUGCCACUGUCAGGCCGCACUGAGGCUUUUGUUCAGUUCUUGCAUAACUUCAGGGAGGUUUGUAUACUGCAGGACAAGCGUGUGCAUCUCACAGUUGUGUACUUUGGGCAGGAAGGCUUGCAGGAGGUGAAGAUGUCUCUACGGGAAAUGUCCAGCGAGGAAAACUUUACUAACUACACUUUGAUCCCUGUGGAUGAGGAGUUUUCUCGUGGCCGUGGUCUAGACAUUGGAGCUCACUCAUGGCAGAAGGGCGGUGAUGUCUUGAUGUUCUUCUGUGAUGUUGACAUUUACUUCACACUGGAAUUUCUUAGUACCUGUCGUCUCAAUACAGCUCCAGGAAAGCGAGUUUUCUAUCCAGUGGUUUUCAGUUUGUAUAAUCCGGCCAUAGUUUAUGGAAAUCUUGAUUUACCACCCGCCGUUGAACAUCAGCUGAUUCAUAAAAAAGAUGCUGGAUUCUGGAGGGAUUUUGGAUUUGGCAUGACGUGUCAGUAUCGCUCAGAUUUUCUCAGUAUUGGAGGGUUUGACUUGGAAGUAAAAGGUUGGGGUGUGGAAGAUGUCCACUUGUACAGGAAGUACCUACGAAGUGACCUGAUUGUUAUACGCACACCAGUGUCAGGCCUCUUUCACCUUUGGCACGAGAAGCAGUGCGCUGAUGAGCUGACCCCAGAACAGUACCGCAUGUGCAUCCAAUCCAAAGCCAUGAAUGAGGCAUCACACUCUCAUCUGGGCAUGCUUGUGUUCAGAGAGGAGAUCGAGACUCACCUUAGAAAACAGGCUUAUAAAACUCAAACCAAACCAGCAGAAUGAGUCAAAAGCACAAUUUUUUGCUUGAAAACUUCAAUGAAGAAAUAUUGUCACAUGUCUGGAUUAUUUUUAUUUGUACUUUAUUUUUUGAACUGAAGUAAUGGUAAAUCCAAGGAUUACAGUAAACCCUAUGACAGUAGAAGGAUGGUAUUAAUUGGUACUGUGUAAACUGUUUACAACUUUGGUUUGAUGCUAGUUAUGGAUUAACUCUGCAUACUGUAUAUGUAAAUAUUGACCUUUAGGAAACAGGAUUAUCUGAAAUGCAGAGUUUUGUUUUACUUUUUAAAAUCUUAAAUGCAACAAGAACAUAUUUUAGAAGUUACACUUUUUGUUGAGAGGGCCAUAACUUAAAAUACAUAUUUAAGUUAUGUGCAUGCUGUGAUUAAAAUGGAUCUAAUGUAAAUGCAUAAGUUGUUAAAAGGGACAAUCAUUCACAAAUAACUGUAGGCAAAUGUACAAAACUACUUACCUAAGACACAGAUUGGUUCCUAAUGUCUCUUUUGGAACAAUUCUCAUUUCAGUUUAAGAUAGCAUGGACCUCAUAUGCAUCUUUAUGCACGUGUAUCUUAUUUUGCCUCUGAUGAGGCUAAAGUUAGGUACGGUUAAUUAGCAGGUAGAUCAAUAUAACUGUGGCUAUCAGCUGUACAGCAUCAACUGACUCCGAUGUUGCAAUUGUUUAAUUCCUUUUUAAUAAAUAAAUAAAAUGGGCAGCACCA